GUGUUGUUAUUUUACCCAAAGAACACCUCAUCCAUUUUCUUUUCUUUUGUAGAAUCGUAUUGAUGAGAAGCACAGUUGAUGGGUUCCACAAGUAAGCUAAUGGAGAAACCGAGCCAACAACAACAACAAGCCCUAAAGUGUCCUCGGUGUGACUCAUCCAACACUAAGUUCUGCUACUACAACAACUACAGUUUGUCUCAGCCAAGACACUUUUGCAAGGCUUGUAAGCGUUAUUGGACCAACGGAGGCACUCUAAGGAACGUUCCUGUCGGCGGCGGAUGUCGCAAAAACAGGCAUCACAAGAGGCCUGCUCCCUCCAUUUUCGCCGGUGCUGCAAAUCCUAACCCUCAAAUAUCUCGACCUCGAGUCGUUGUUUCUUCAGCCUCAAUUAACCAUAUCAAAAACCCUUUGUUUUAUGGGUUAGCUAGUAACCCUUCUGCUAUGAAUCUCCCAUACCAUGAUUUCCAAUCUCAAAUGAAUGUUCUUGGAUUAGGGUUUCCUUUCGGGGCUGUAUCAAAUGAAUGGUACCCUAAUAUCUUUGCAUCCUCCACAUCACAAACCAAUGCGUCAUUUUUAGCUUCUACUCCUCACCAACACAGGUUCAUCAAUGGUGGCGUAGCCUUGUCACCUUUUAGAGAUCUUCACAUGACCGAAAAUUGGCUAACGAUGAACGACGUCGAAGUUGAA